AUGAACUACUUUAACAUUCUGAAUGGUCCAACAUAUUCUCUUCUUAUCAAGGACUUUUGGGCAAGGGUUGGAAUGUAUGAUAAGUUUGCUGCUUUGGUUGAAGUAAGAAAUGCUAUAGAAAAUGACAAGAGUUUGAAAGGGAAAACAAGGAUUGAAACGGGUUUAAACGAGUUUAAAUGUACUGAAAUUAAGUAUGUUGUCAUGGGAGUUGAUAUUGCUAUCACCAAAGACAAUAUUGCUCAAGUGAUUGGUGUAGAGAAUACUGGUAUUGUGAAACAUAACUCAAAAGAUGGAACCAAGUUUGCCUCAGAGAUUAAAGCAAACCUUUCUGAGAAUCAAAAAUAUUUUGGAAAAGUGAAGAAUUUGUAUCUUCCAUUCAGACUCCUCUUCAAGAUUAUCAUAAGCAGUCUGAUUCCCAGAGAAGGCUGUUCUGAUUAG